CGCGCGGCUUCGCGGUUCGCCGAUGUCUACCCCGGCAUCGGACAGCAAGAAGCUCGUAUUCAUCGACCCGGAGCACGUGAACCACAACCUCAAGGUGAACAAGACGAUCUACGAGUUCUUGAGCGUCGUCGCGGGAUUAGUCUGCGGCGUCCUCGGGCUCACGGAUCUCGGAGGCGUCCUCGCGUUUCUCGUCUUCAACGCGCUCAUCGGGCUCGUCGUGCUCGCGAAGACCGGGUUUAACCUUCGCGCGCACUUCCUGAGCUGGGACAAGGUGUUCGUGGAAGGCGCCGCGGGAGGCUUCGGCACGUUCGUCUUGUUCUGGACGCUCUUCUACAACAUCGCCCACCUCUUCUGAUCGAACGAUCGAGCGAACGAACGAUCGAUCGCGAGGAGCGGGGGUUGUGCUGCACUGGUUCCCAUACGACCGCGUUGACGUGGUGAACGCCGAUCCUUAAGGACUUUCGCCGGCGCAUCUCUGCGCCCAACCCCCGCUUUCAAUAGACAAGUGCGCCGCGUUCGAGGGGCGACAGACGAGCUCGUCUAUCUGAGCUCCGACGUCUAGAAGAAGAAGAAGAAGAAGAAGAAGAAGAAGGCGACCGACCCGACGAGGAUGUACGCGCACGGCGUCAUGAACGGCGUCGUCCUCGGCGGCGGCACGGGCGACAGCGGCGUGUCCUCGUUCGGGUUCAAGCGUCCUCGCAAGCUCGGCGUCUCGACGCGGCGCCCCGAUCACGACGCGUCGCACGUCGGCGGCGCGAACGCGGUGGAGAUCGACGACCAGGACGGGAUCCUGUACACCGCGGGGCGCGACGGGACG